AACUUUGCCGCCAUUUUUCCCUUUCUUCGAGAUUCUCUCUAAAACCCUAAAUACCCAAAUCUCUUUCUUCCUCACUCCGCUUGUUUGAUGUUAACGAUUCGAUCAUCGAAUUACUUCCGAUGCAUAUCUUCUCUCUACACUAAAACCCUAAACCCCAAAUUCUCCUCCGCCUCACUCUCCUUUACCCGCCGAGCUCCCCACUCACCCUUCACCUCGCGCCGCCACAGAGCCAUGUCUUCUUCACGCCCCUCCGCAUUCGACGCUCUCAUGUCGAACGCUCGCGCAUCCGCCGCCAAGAAGAAGACCCCCCAAGCCUCCAACCCGCCUCGCUCGCCGAACAAGAGGAAAAUCGAAAAAACCCAAGACGCCGAUUUGGUCAAGACUGAAACUUCUGAUUCCGCGAAACCCGGAUCGGAUUCACCUUCAAUUGCGGAGGAUUCGAAGAAGGGUGCGAAAAAGUCUAGGUCUUUGACCCAGGCGGACAAGAUCGAGGAAAUGAAGAGCAAAAUCGCGUUGCUGAAGAAGAAGCCUGGGGAUUUCGAUCCGGAGAGAGUGUCGUGUUGGGAGAAAAGGGAGAGAGUUCCGUUUCUGUUUAUCGCUUUGGCGUUUGAUCUGAUCUCAGCUGAAAGUGGGCGGAUUGUGAUUACUGAUAUCCUCUGUAACAUGUUGAGAACUGUUAUUGCUACUACUCCUGAUGAUUUGGUGGCUACUGUUUACCUCGCGGCGAACGAGAUUGCUCCUGCGCACGAAGGUGUUGAGUUGGGGAUUGGUGAAGGUUCAAUUAUCAAGGCAAUCUCUGAAGCUUUUGGUAGAACUGAGUCUCAGGUUAAGAAGCUUAACACGGAGCUUGGAGACUUGGGGCUUGUAGCAAAAGGAAGCCGUUCGUCUCAAACUAUGAUGUUCAAGCCAGAGUCAUUGACCGUUGUCAAGGUUUUCAACACAUUUCGACAAAUUGCUAAGGAAAGUGGAAAAGAUAGUACAGAAAAGAAGAAGGAUCGGAUGAAGGCUCUCCUUGUGGCAGCAACGGACUGUGAACCUCUUUACUUAACUCGUUUACUUCAGGCAAAAUUGCGGUUAGGGUUCUCAAACCAGACGGUCUUAGCUGCCUUGGGACAAGCAGCUGUAUAUAAUGAAGAGCACUCUAAGCCACCCCCUAAUACCAAGUCUCCUUUAGAAGAGGCUGCGAAGAUUGUGAAACAAGUAUUCACUGUGCUUCCUGUCUAUGACAUUAUUGUCCCCGCUCUUUUAUCUGGUGGUGUGUGGAAUCUUCCUAAAACUUGUAACUUUACACUCGGUGUUCCAAUCGGACCAAUGCUUGCAAAACCAACAAAAGGUGUAGGUGAGAUACUGAAUAAAUUCCAAGACACCGUCUUCACAUGCGAGUACAAGUAUGAUGGAGAACGUGCACAGGUACAUUGUAUGGAGGAUGGUACAUUCGAGAUAUAUAGUCGAAAUGCUGAAAGAAACACUGGGAAGUACCCUGAUGUUGCUCUUGCGUUGUCAAGAUUAAAGAAGCCUUCUGUGAAAUCUUUUAUUCUGGAUUGCGAGGUUGUUGCUUUCGACAGGGAGAAAAAGAAAAUUCUUCCAUUUCAGAUAUUGAGCACUCGAGCCCGUAAAAAUGUGAAUGUUAACGAUAUCAAAGUUGGCGUAUGUAUCUUUGCUUUUGACAUGUUAUAUCUUAAUGGCCAGCAACUUAUCCAGGAGAAUCUUAAUAUUCGCCGAGAGAAGCUAUACGAAUCAUUUGAGGAAGAUCCUGGAUAUUUCCAGUUUGCAACAACUCUAACAUCCAGCGAUAUUGAUGAAAUACAAAAGUUUCUUGAUGCGUCCGUUGACAUUGGCUGUGAAGGGUUAAUCAUUAAAACAUUGAAUUCAGAUGCUACCUAUGAGCCUGCAAAGCGAUCGAAUAAUUGGCUAAAACUGAAGAAAGACUAUAUGGACAGUAUUGGGGACUCUGUGGAUCUUGUACCAAUCGCUGCUUUCCAUGGACGUGGCAAACGCACAGGUGUCUUUGGUGCCUUUUUGCUAGCUUGCUACGAUGCUGAUAAGGAAGAGUUCCAAAGCAUUUGUAAAAUAGGCACUGGAUUUUCUGAAGCCGUUCUUGAAGAGCGGUCUACAAGUCUUGGCUCUAGAGUGAUUGCUACUCCAAAACAAUACUACCGAGUUGGAGAUAGCCUCAAUCCAGAUGUUUGGUUCGAGCCCACUGAGGUCUGGGAAGUAAAGGCAGCUGACUUGACAAUUAGCCCUGUACAUCGUGCAGCUACCGGCAUUGUUGACCCUGAUAAGGGGAUUUCUCUACGUUUUCCUCGUUUACUCCGUGUACGAGAAGACAAGAAGCCAGAGGAUGCAACAUCAUCAGAACAGAUUGCUGAUAUGUACCAAGCUCAGAAACACAACCAUCCAAGCAAUGAUGCCAAAGGUGAAGACGAAUGAACAACUGUAAUCUGGUCUUCAAGCAUAUUUCCCUUGAACGCACAUCGUGUGUUUGAGUUCACAACCUUCAACUGCUUAUGAAAAGACAUUUGUAGGAAAAAAAUUAAUGUGAGCUUCUGAUUCAU